CGGGCGGCGGCCCAGUGCGCCUGCGCGCCUCUUCAGCGGCUCCCGGCGCUGUUCCAGUCAUCUCGGCCCCGGCGGCUGCACAGGCACCAGAGGGACUCGGGCUCCAGCCGCCGCCGCCGCCUCUACGGCCCGCCAUGGGCUCCUGAGGUUCAGUUCCCAUUCCCAGGGCUUCCCUGAGGGAAGCUGUCACCAGAAAGCACCAUGAUGGUGACCCAGGCCGUGCUGGCCCCGGAGCCGGCCUCCCCCCCCACCACAGCAGCACCCCCCAGCUUCUCCUGGAUCCCCGAAGGCAGCCCAACCGCGAUGGAGCAGCCCAUCUUCCUGAUGACCACCGCGGCCCAGGCCAUCUCUGGCUUCUUUGUGUGGACGGCCCUGCUCAUCACUGGCCAUCAGAUUUACAGACACCUGCGCUGCUACAGCUGCCCCAAUGAGCAGCGCUACAUCGUCCGCAUCCUCUUCAUCGUGCCCAUCUACGCCUUCGACUCCUGGCUCAGCCUGCUUUUCUUCACCAAUGACCAGUACUAUGUGUACUUUGGCACCGUGCGCGACUGCUACGAGGCUUUUGUCAUCUACAACUUUCUGAGCCUCUGCUAUGAAUACCUUGGAGGAGAGAGUGCCAUCAUGUCGGAGAUCCGAGGGAAGUCCAUUGAGUCGAGCUGUAUGUACGGUACCUGCUGCCUCUGGGGGAAGACGUACUCUAUUGGCUUCCUCAGGUUCUGCAAACAGGCCACCCUGCAGUUCUGUGUGGUGAAGCCCCUCAUGGCCAUUAGCACGGUGAUCCUCCAGGCCUUCGGGAAGUACCGGGACGGUGACUUUGACGUCACCAGCGGCUAUCUCUACGUGACAAUCAUUUACAACAUCUCGGUCAGCCUGGCCCUCUACGCCCUCUUCCUCUUCUACUUUGCCACCCGCGAGCUACUCAGCCCCUACAGCCCCGUCCUCAAAUUCUUCAUGGUCAAGUCUGUCAUCUUCCUCUCCUUCUGGCAAGGCAUGCUUCUGGCCAUCCUGGAGAAGUGCGGGGCCAUCCCCAAGAUCCACUCCGCUGAGGUGUCAGUUGGGGAGGGCACCGUGGCUGCCGGCUACCAGGACUUCAUCAUCUGUGUGGAGAUGUUCUUUGCCUCCCUGGCCCUGCGCCAUGCCUUCACCUACCAGGUCUAUGCUGACAAAAGGCUUAAUGCCCAAGUGCCGGCGUAUGGCCCUUACGGCCGCUGUGCGCCCAUGAAGAGCAUAUCCAGCAGCCUCAAGGAGACCAUGAGCCCCCACGACAUCGUGCAGGACGCCAUCCAUAACUUCUCCCCGGCCUACCAGCAGUACACGCAGCAGUCGACGCUGGAGCGCGGCCCCUCCUGGAGGAACGGCGCCCACGCGCUCGCCCGUUCCCACAGCCUCGGCGGCGGAGGCGGCCGGGACAACGAAAAAACCCUUCUGCUGAGCUCCGAUGAUGAGUUCUAGGCCGCUGGGACGAGGACGGGCAGCCUGAGAAGCGGGCGCAGAGCUGACGCGCCCUCCCGCCCUCCCGGGGUGGGGGGGGACGUUGGAAACUGUCUAGCACAGCCUUGGAAUCUUCCUUUAAUUUAUUAAACCAGAAACACUCAAGUCA